AAUAUAAUAAUAAUGUGUGAAGGGCCCAGCCUUUCAGCUGGAGGCACUGCGAUUCAAAUUAAAACAGAAUCUAUUGUACCACACCCUUUAGACCUACAGUUUAUAGUGGGAUCCGAACCACUUGCAUAUAGAAAUAAUCAAAUAAAAUUUAAAAUUUUAACGGCUUUUUGAAAUUCAAACGCUUUUAAAAAUGAAAAUUUAAUGAAAUUUUAUUUCACAUUUAACACGUGACAAUUUUAUAUUUUUUUUAUUAUCCUCAACAUUCCCCUUAUCAAUCACUGAAUUUUCUCCAGCAUUUUAGGCUAGCCAAAGAUUUUCGAAAUUAAUCUUGCAUUUGCGCACUAAAGCUAGUUCAAAAUUCCUUUCGUUGAUUGUGCACGAUAUGUUGAUUCAUAAUAUUCAGUCAGUUCAAAUCGAGUUCUUAUCAACGAAACCCGUAUGUGCUGAAACAAAAAUUCCAAAAACAAUUUUGACAAAAAUUACGUGAUUUAUUUUUUAUGAACUUGACUGUAAAAUCGGAUUGAAAGCUUAUUAUCAUUAAUUGACUAUAAAAUUUUAAUAAGCUUUUCAGUUUUCAAAUUGAAUCAUAAAAGUUAAAAUUUAAUUCUAAAAAGUGCAUCGCUUUAAAGGCUUUACAAAAAUGAACAUAAAAUGUUUCAAAAGCUGCAUAUUUUUAAUAUCUAGCAACACAUCAGAACGAGCUGAAACAUCAUCAAGAGCUUGGAUUAAUAGAUAAAAGGAUAUAGAAAUAGAAAAAUUUCUGAGAAGAAAUUCAAACGGCAGAGGACAUGGAGAUUGUAGGACUCAUCCAAAAUGCAAUAAUUAAAGCUCUUUUUAAUAUUCUUCUUGUCAUUACUUUAGUUAAAGGAUUGGGACAAACGACUGAUCAAGAACCAGAAUUUCUUCAACCUUUGGACAAUCUUACAGUCACACAAGGACGUGAUGUAUCAUUCACAUGUGUAGUUAAUAAUUUAGGUCAAUACAGGAAACUGGCUAAAAUAAUAACAGAAGUUAUUAAAUUUUAUCAAGCUCAUAUUUUCCCUAAUUGGAUUCAGCAUCUGCUCUAUGGAGAGAGGUCCUCUCCCAAUCUCUUCGUAUUAAACAAAAAUUCAACAACGACAACAUCAACAGCAGCAGAGGGAAUGAAACUGACCAUAAAAUGUGAAACGUAUGUCAUUGACUAUUAUUUGUAG